CAUCCUGCAAGGUGUAGUCCAGAGGUCUUUAAAAGGUGCUGCAGAGAAAGCGAUAGGCAUCGUGCUGGGCUUCCUCGGAGCCUUCCAUUUCUAAGAUCACAUCUUCCGUUUUGGUCUGUUGAAAGACAAGAAGUCCUGUUUGCCAGUUCACCAAGAAGGGCCACCAACAUCUCUUGUCUCAAGAAUGAUCCGGAUCUGGAUGGGCUUGCUGGCCACUGUGGUGAUCCUGGUUGGACACGGAGAGGCUUGGAGCUGCAAGCCGGAGCUGCAAGGCCAUUUUCGUAACUUGGCCAGAGGCCGCCCAGCCUUCCAGUCCUCUCUCUACCCACUCCAUAAUAUUGGCUUGGCCAGCAAAGCUGUGGAUGGGAAUUGCAAUGGGGACUGGUACAACAUCAAGUCCUGCACCCACACCAACCGUGACUAUGAGCCCUGGUGGUACGUGGACCUGGGAGAGGAAUAUGCCAUUGCUACUGUGGUGGUGAAGAACCGGGGGGACUGCUGCGGAGAAAGACUCCAGGGAGCUCAGAUCCGUGUGGGAAACUACGGGGGGAACAACUGCAAAUCCAAUUUCCACUGUGGGACCAUCACAGACACCCGUGCAGGCUCCAUCAGCACCAUCAGCUGCUAUGGGUUCAAGGGCCGCUACGUGAGCAUCAUCAUCCCUAACCGAAGAGAAUGGCUCCAUGUCUGCGAGGUGGAAGUCUAUGGCACCAAGGAGUACAGUCAGUUGUACCACGGCAAGUCCUGCUCCCAUACCCACGAUGACUAUGAGCCCUGGUGGUACGUGGACCUGGGAGAGGAGUAUGCCAUUGCUGCUGUGGUGGUGAAGAACCGGGGGGACUGCUGCGGAGAAAGACUCCGGGGAGCUCAGAGCCGUGUGGGAAACUACGGGGGGAACAACUGCAAAUCCAAUUUCCACUGUGGGACCAUCACAGACACCCGUGCAGGCUCCAUCAGCACCAUCAGCUGCUAUGGGUUCAAGGGCCGCUACGUGAGCAUCAUCAUCCCUAACCGAAGAGAAUGGCUCCAUGUCUGCGAGGUGGAAGUCUAUGGCACCAAGGAGUACAUUCACUCACUUGGAAAGCAGAAAACCUUUGUUUACACUCAGGGCCCUUGCCCAGAGAGCACUGAUUUUGUCAAGGCUGUGGAUAGUGAGAUCCAAGCCACUUUGGGUUUAGCUUGCUUUGCUGUGAUUGGUUCUGACAUCAGCGAGCCAGGAGGAGCAACUGGGGGCUGGUGCAGCUCAUCCAAUGAGAGUGUGAGCCCCGUUUCGGCCGCUCAGCCAAUGUUGAAAGACAAGAAGUCCUGUUUGCCAGUUCACCAAGAAGGGCCACCAACAUCUCUUGUCUCAAGAAUGAUCCGGAUCUGGAUGGGCUUGCUGGCCACUGUGGUGAUCCUGGUUGGACACGGAGAGGCUUGGAGCUGCAAGCCGGAGCUGCAAGGCCAUUUUCGUAACUUGGCCAGAGGCCGCCCAGCCUUCCAGUCCUCUCUCUACCCACUCCAUAAUAUUGGCUUGGCCAGCAAAGCUGUGGAUGGGAAUUGCAAUGGGGACUGGUACAACAUCAAGUCCUGCACCCACACCAACCGUGACUAUGAGCCCUGGUGGUACGUGGACCUGGGAGAGGAAUAUGCCAUUGCUACUGUGGUGGUGAAGAACCGGGGGGACUGCUGCGGAGAAAGACUCCAGGGAGCUCAGAUCCGUGUGGGAAACUACGGGGGGAACAACUGCAAAUCCAAUUUCCAGAUGUUUGCCGUCUGGAUCAGGCUCCUGGGGCUGGCUCUGCUGGCUGGACAUGGAGAGGGACAGAGCUGUGGGGUGAAUGGAUAUGGUCCUAACCUGGCCAGAGGUCGCCCGACAUACCAGUCCUCUAUAUACCUAGAACACGGGCCAGACCUCCUGUCAGGGAAAGCUGUGGAUGGGAUCUGCCAAGGGGACGUGAACGCCCACCGCUCCUGCACCCACACGAACGAGGAUUUGGAGCCCUGGUGGUAUGUGGACCUGGGAAGGCAGUUCCCCAUCGAUGUGGUGAUCGUGAAAAACCGUGGGGACUGCUGUGACGCGAGGCUGCGGGGAGCUGAGAUCCACGUGGGAGACUCCUUGGUUGGACACGGCAAAUUCAACCCCCUCUGUGAGACCAUCCAAGAAACCAGUCUCGGGGCCAUCAGCACCAUCCGUUGCCAGGGGCUCCCAGGGCGCUAUGUCAGCAUCCAUAUCCCCGUUCGGCGUGAAUACCUGACGCUGUGCGAAGUGGAAGUCUAUGCGAUGAAACCAGAGAUGUUUGCCAUCUGGACUGGGCUCCUGGGGCUGGCUCUGCUGGCUGGAUGUGGAGAGGGACAGAGCUGUGGGGUGAAUGGAUAUGGUCCUAACCUGGCCAGAGGUCGCCCGACAUACCAGUCCUCUAUAUACCUAGUACACGGGCCAGACCUCCUGUCAGGGAAAGCUGUGGAUGGGAUCUGCCAAGGGGACCUGAACGCCCACCGCUCCUGCACCCACACAAACGAGGAUUUGGAGCCCUGGUGGUAUGUGGACCUGGGAAGGCAGUUCCCCAUCGAUGUGGUGAUCGUGAAAAACCGUGGGGACUGCUGUGACGCGAGGCUGCGGGGAGCUGAGAUCCACGUGGGAGACUCCUUGGUUGGACACGGCAAAUUCAACCCCCUCUGUGAGACCAUCCAAGAAACCAGUCUCGGGGCCAUCAGCACCAUCCGUUGCCAGGGGCUCCCAGGGCGCUAUGUCAGCAUCCAUAUCCCCGUUCGGCGUGAAUACCUGACGCUGUGCGAAGUGGAAGUCUAUGCGAUGAAACCAGAGAUGUUACCCAUCUGGACUGGACUCCUGGCCUUGGCUCUGCUGUUUGGACUUGGAGAAGGAGAGAGCUGCCGGCCGGGGGCCCAAGACGUUGUUCGCAACGUUGCCAAAGGAUGCUCUGCUUACCAGUCCUCCACGUAUCAGCACCCAAAAAACCUGAUAGCCGAGAAGGCUGUGGAUGGGGACUGCAGUGGGAACCUGCCCCGAGAUGGCUCCUGCUCCCACACGAACGCGGACCUGGAUCCCUGGUGGUACGUGGAUCUGGGGGAGAACUACACCGUCUUCGCCGUCCUUGUGAAAAAUCGUCAGGACUGCUGUGCAGAGAGGCUCGAUAAAGCACAAGUCCGCGUGGGAUACUCCGUGGCUGCAAACAGCAAAUUCAACCCCCUCUGUGGGACCAUCCAGGACAGCAGCGCAGGCUCCAUCAGCACCAUCCAAUGCAACCAACUCGUAGGGCGCAUUGUGAGCAUCAACAUCCCCAAUGAGAAGGAAUACCUGACCUUGUGCGAAGUGGAAGUCUAUGCCAUGAAAGUGGCGGAGGUGUGCCCCUGACCGCCACCCUAGCGCUUGCAGGGCUCCGACAAGGGUUGUGGGAGUGGGUGAAGGAGGCCUUGUCAAUAAACAUCCUUCCUGGAAUAAGA